GUUAAAAAAAUAACUUUAAAUGAAAAAACAAUUGGUCAUUUAAUUUUAUUAAAAAAUAAAAUUAUAAUUUUGGUAAUUUGUUGAUAGAGUAGCUAAAUAACAAAGUAAACUUCAAAAGGUGUUUAAUGGUGUUAAAUAUUGUAAUGACAUCUCUAGUUUAAAACUCAAUACUUGAAUCAAUACCAUGGCUAACGACAGAGAAGUUUUACGUGAAAUAUGGGAUGGAAAGCUACCGAUUUGCUUUCAGCUAGCUCAGGAGGAAAUAAUGGAAAUUCAACAACCUGAUGCCUUUUACGUAAUGGUGCCACGAUUAAGUUAUUUUCCUCUCGUGACUGAUAAGAUGAAGAGACAUUUUUUGAGAUAUAUUUCCCAGGAGAAUGCAGACAACGAGAUGUGGCUAGAUUAUAACGGGCAGCCUCUGAAAUGGCACUAUCCAAUUGGUUUUCUGUAUGAUUUAUUCUGUGGGAAUGAUCCUCAACUACCUUGGACUUUAACAGUACAUUUUACAAGAUUCCCUGACACUAUUUUAUUACAUUGCCCUAAUAAAGAUGUUGUUGAAGCACACUAUAUGUCAACAGUAAAGGAAGCAGAUGUACUGAAGCACAGAGGUCAAGUCAUGUCUACAAUGCAAAAGAAAGACCAUAAUCAGCUGUGGUUGGGAUUGCAAAAUGAUAAAUUUGACCAGUUUUGGGCCAUAAAUAGAAGAUUAAUGGAAUCCCAUGGAGACAAUGAAGGGUUUAAACACAUACCCAUAAGGAUAUAUUCAGAUGAUGGCAUUUGUUGCCAAAGAUUAAUUAACCCUAAAAACCUUGACAGCAGUCGGAAAACCGUGCAGCAACUUUUAUCUGAGUUAUAUCCAGAUAAACCAGAUGUGAAGCUAAGGACACAUGGUGUAUUGAUACCGUUAGAUACACCCCUUCAGUGGCUUUCAGAACAUAUGAGUUAUCCAGAUAAUUUCUUACACAUUUGUUUGUGCUAAACUGCCUUUAUUAUUUUUGAGGCUUGGACUACCAUACCAAUGUAACCACAACUCAUGGUGGUGAUUAUCAACUCACAUUCUGGUUUCAUAAACAUUUGAGUUGAUGCUGUCUAAGUUUAUUUUGUGCAUGCUAGAGUUUUUAUAGAGUGAAACUAGUCUGAGCCUGAGUGUUAUUUACAAGCUUUAUGGUAAUUAAAAAUAAUUUAAUAUACUCUUAUCAUAAUUUGUAACUUAUUGUUAAUAAAAGCUUUACAUUCCUGUACAAAUGUUUUAUUUACAAAAUGAAUGAAAUAAGAAUAUUUACAAUCCUUGUUAAAUAAGUACGUAAAUAUGUUUAAAACAAUGAUGACAACAUACAUAAAAAUGUACAAUGAACUUAUGAGGUAAGUGAGAGAUUAUAUCUCCAUGGCAGAGGUAAAUUACAUGGGGCUAGCAGAAAAAUACAUUAUGCCCUUUAUAUUAAAUGAACAUGAUCCUAUUAUAAUUAUUAUCCAAUAACCUGAUUGUAAUUUCAUUAUAAUUUUGUCUAAGUACAGAUGUAUUAUUCUAUUAGUUUAGAAAAUGGCUGAAAAUUGUAAAUAGCUCUACUUUUACCUGUAUAUGUUAGAUUUGUUCUUCAUAUUAAUUAUAUUUCAUUUAAUUUUUGUGACCUAGACUGAUAAAUAGUCUUUUAAUUUAUUAUUUAUCAACUAGCCGAUGCCCGCGACUUCGUUCGCGUGGAUGUA